AAUUGAAUGCUUCGCACUUGCUUCCGACCUUUAAACAGCUCACAUAGCUUCCACCAACUCGCUAGAUCCUACCAUUGGAACUCAAUUGCGAUGCGACCAUAUACGCUCGCCAAUUCUCCGAACAAGAAGGCCCGCACUCAGCCUCCGUACGAGUUGCUGUACUGGCCUGGCAUCCCUGGGCGCGGCGAAUUCAUCCGUCUGGCGUUUGAAGCAGCAGGCGUCUCCUACAAAGAUGUUGCCAUUGAGUCUGAGGAUGGUAUGACGGUGAUAACCUCACUCAUAUCGCAAGAAAGCACCGGGUCCGACGGAAACCCUCCCGCCUUCGCACCACCCGCUCUUCGUAUCCCUGGCGAGGGCAAGAGCGGCGCUCCGUUGCUCAUCUACCAAACACCCUCCAUCCUCUCCUACUUGGGCAAUAAGCUCGACCUCGCCGGUGCAGAUGAGGCGGAGAAUGCCUGGGUCCUAUCGCACACAUUGACGGCACUGGACCUCAACAACGAAGCGCACGACACACACCACCCCAUUGCCGUCGCAGACUACUAUGAAAACCAAAAGGAAGAAGCGCUCAAGAAGUCCGAAGAUUUCAGGCAGACGCGCAUCCCCAAGUUCCUUGGUUUCUUCGAGCGCGUGCUCAAGGGCAAUGAAGCACAGGGACAGGGCAAGUUCCUUGUUGGUAGCAGUCUGACCUAUGCGGAUACAAGCGUGUGGCAGGUACUGGACGGGCUCCAAUUUGCUUUCCCAAAAGAAAUAGAGGCGAGGAAGAAGGAUUACCCCCUGUUGUUUAGCACAUUCUAUGACAGUGUGAAGGAAGCAAAGGGUAUCAAAGAGUACUUGGGAAGCGACAGGAGGCAGCCAUAUGGCAUGGGCAUAUUCAGACAUUACCCGGAACUGGAUAGGCAGUAGACAUUGCAGUAGUCGCACCAAGAACAGCUUUCACAAGAAAGAAAUCAAUUGCAAUGGUAUCUUGAAGGGGCGCCUAUUCAAGGCAGUCAUAUCAUCUCAUUCCUUUUUGAUGCCGGUACAUGAUGCAUAUCCGAAGCCCUGCCGUACUCCUGAACCAUGUAGUUUAAACGAGACCGAACCCAACAACCCAUCUACAUUUAGUAGUCGGUCUGCUGGCUCUGGGGGAACUCGAAGUUGACACCCUUGCCAGUGAGGCGCUUGUAGACCUCGCUGUAGGUGUCGAGCCUGUAGUCGACACCGCCACGCUCCUUCUCGUCGAGAACGACCUUGAGGAUCUUGCUGCCGUCCUCGCGGGUACGGAGACGCUUGCCGACG